AUGGAUCCUUUUGAAGGUGUAUCCGAAAGUGCUGAAGGUGGAGUUGUAGAAGUUAGAAUCGAUGUGGUUGAUUCAGAUCCAUCAAACAACAAUAAUGCAACUCAGACUGGUAAGCGGCGUAGAAAACUUACAUCAGCGGUAUGGACUCAAUUUGAAAUUCUGCCUGUAGAUGAAAAUAAUGAGCAGAGAGCAAAGUGUAUGAAAUGUGGUCAAAAAUAUUUGUGUGAUAGUAGAUAUGGUACUGGAAAUUUGAAGCGUCAUAUUGAGUCUUGUGUGAAAUCUGAUACCCGUGAUUUAGGCCAGUUAUUAUUAUCUAAAUCUGAUGGGGCUAUCAUAACAAGGUCUUCCAAGUUCGAUCCUUUCAAGUUUCGUGAAUUAUUAGUGAUGGCAAUUAUCAUGCAUGACCUACCCUUUCAGUUUGUUGAGUAUGCGGGAAUUAGGAAACUGUUUAAUUAUGUUUGUGCUGAUAUUAAACUGGUAUCUCGUAAUACUGCAAAGGCUGAUGUGUUGAGUCUUUAUAAUAUCGAAAGAGCUAAGCUUAAGGAAAUUUUGAUUUCAGUUCCUGGAAGAUUGAGUGAUUCUAAUUACAAACAUUCUCUUUCUCAAGAUGAGUGGGGAAAAUUGGAGAAACUUAGCAAGUUUCUUAAGGUGUUUUAUGAUGUGACUUGUUUGUUUUCUGGAACUAAAUACCCUACAGCAAAUUUGUAUUUUCCUCAAGUUUUUGUGGUGGAGGACACUUUGAGAAAGGCAAAGGUUGAUUCAGAUAGUUUCAUGAAAUCUAUGGCAACUCAGAUGAUGGAAAAGUUCGAUAAGUAUUGGAAAGAGUAUAGUUUGAUCCUUGCCAUUGCUGUAAUAUUGGAUCCUAGGGAAAGCAUUAAGUAUGUUAGAGGUUCACAAGCGAGGAAACAGAAAUUCCUAGAUUGUGCUGCACAAGUUUCUUUAGAAUGUAAGAGGGGAUUGCGCCAAGAUGUACCCACUAGAUGGAACUCCACAUUUCUUAUGAUUGACAGUGCCCUUUUUUAUCAACGUGCAUUUCUGCAUUUACAGUUGAGUGAUUCUAAUUACAAACAUUCUCUUUCUCAAGAUGAGUGGGGAAAAUUGGAGAAACUUAGCAAGUUUCUUAAGGUGUUUUAUGAUGUGACUUGUUUGUUUUCUGGAACUAAAUACCCUACAGCAAAUCUGUAUUUUCCUCAAGUUUUUGUGGUGGAGGAUACUUUGAGAAAGGCAAAGGUUGAUUCAGAUAGUUUCAUGAAAUUUAUGGCAACUCAAAUGAUGGAAAAGUUCGAUAAGUUGUAUGGUUACAACUCCGAAGAAAUGACUAAAGUUCGUGAUAUGUUGUUUUCUCUCUUUGAUUUAUACGUUCGGAUAUAUUCUACUUCUGAAUCUGUUUCUGGUACUUCAAGUGUCUCAAGUGGUGCUCGUUCUCAUGUUGAUGACAUGGUUUCUAAAGAAUGCUUGGAUGUUAUGAAGGAAUUUGAUAACUUUGAAAGUGAGGAGUUUACCACUUCUGCCCAAAAGACUCAGUUACAAUUGUACUUGGAUGAGCCCAAAGUUGACAAGAAGACAAAGUUGAAUGUUCUUGAUUUCUGGAAAGCUAAUCAAUUUCGAUAUCCUGAACUAUCAAUUUUGGCACGUGAUUUACUAUCUAUUCCAAUAUCCACAGUUGCAUCUGAGUCAGCAUUUAGUGUUGGUGGUAGAGUGCUUGAUCAGUAUCGUAGUGCUCUUAAGCCUGAAAAUAUUGAGGCACUAAUUUGUACACGUGACUGGAUAUUUGGCGAAGAAAAUUGUACUUUAGCACCCAACUUGGAAGAAUUGACUGAGGAUAUUACCAAGAUGGAAAUAAAUGCUACAAGUUCCGUGGAGGGCUCUAAUACAGUCAUUGUGUUGUAA